CCCAUCAUAAAAGCAACACAGUCAGCAGUGAGGGAGAAGGAUGAAGGGCUAAUAAGAAGCAAUAUUACAGAACGGCUCCCAUUCCCACCGCUAAACACGGAAAGAUCAAUUAUCAACUGCUCCGUGUAGGAAUCUCUCAAACAUCAUGACAGACAACGAGGAUCCAAGGAAACGGAAGAAGAACAAAGGGACGAGCAAAGAGGUAUGUGGCUACCCUCUUAGCAUCUUCUUCAUUGUUGUCAACGAGUUCUGCGAGAGAUUCUCCUACUAUGGCAUGCGAGCUGUCCUGGUGCUGUACUUUAAGUACUUCCUGCGCUGGGACGAUGACUUGGCCACCUCCAUCUAUCACACUUUUGUGGCGCUCUGCUACUUGACCCCCAUCCUUGGGGCCAUAGUGGCUGAUUCUUGGCUCGGGAAGUUUAAGACGAUCAUCUAUCUGUCCAUUGUCUAUGCCAUUGGACAGGUUGCAAUGGCUGUUAGUGCAAUCCAUGACAUCACUGACACAGACAGAGAUGGGACACCAGACAACAUGACUUUCCAUGUUGUCAUGUCCAUGGUUGGCCUCCUCCUAAUCGCUCUGGGCACUGGGGGAAUCAAACCUUGUGUUGCUGCCUUUGGUGGAGACCAAUUUGGUGACCAUCAGGAACGUCAGAGGAGAACUUUCUUCUCCGUCUUCUAUCUCUGCAUCAACGGUGGAAGUCUCCUGUCAACCAUUAUCACCCCGAUCCUCAGAGCUCAGGAAUGUGGCAUCUACAGUCAGCAGAAGUGCUACUCUCUGGCCUUUGGCGUGCCUGCAGCACUAAUGCUGGUUGCACUUGUGGUCUUUAUUGUUGGGAGUGGUAUGUACUACAAAGCUGAACCUCAGGGAAACAUCAUGCUGGACGUGUGCAAAUGUAUCGGGUUUGCCAUUAAAAACCGCUACAGGCACAGAAGCAAACAAUACCCCAAGAAGGAGCACUGGAUGGACUGGUCAGAAGAAAAAUAUGAUAAACUCCUCAUAGCUCAAAUCAAGAUGGUGCUUAAGGUCCUAUUUUUAUACAUCCCACUCCCGAUGUUCUGGACGCUGUUUGAUCAAAAGGGUUCCAGAUGGACUCUGCAGGCCACCAACAUGGAUGGAAACUUUGGUGCUCUUAUUAUACAGCCAGAUCAGAUGCAGACUGUUAACCCAAUCCUGAUCCUGACUCUGGUACCUAUUAUGGAUAGCUUGAUCUACCCUCUGAUCCAAAAAUGUGGCCUGAACUUUACACCUCUGAGGAGAAUGACAGUUGGGAUGCUGCUGGCAGCCAUCGCUUUUGUCUGCGCUGCUUUGGUUCAGAUUCAAAUUGAUACCACGCUGCCCACCUUCCCAUCAGCCUCCCAGAGUCAGAUGAAGUUACUGAACAUGGGCAGUAAUCAAGUCCAAAUUAAUCUGCCUGGCAACGACGCCUUUGAACUUCCUGCCGCUAAGGCGAGCGAUGAAUUCCUCACAUUUAACGAAGAAACAAUCAGUGUUUCAAUCGGCAACCCUCCGGUGACAAAACCUAUUACCUUGGCCAAAGAAAAGCGUCAAACACUUCUCAUUCCUUCAAAUCUUAAUGAAGAAUGGCUGUUGACUCAAGAUUUAACUUCCAAGCCUCAAGAAGGCAACAAUGCAAUCCGAUUUGUAAAUGGAAUGAAAAAAACAGUGAACAUAUCAACUCCUGCAGCCAACCUCGGACUGAUAGGCUCAUCGUCUUAUUCCAACUACUCCCUGUUUACAAACGGAAAGACAGUAUUUACCAUACGGAGUGGUUCACAGGCAUGUGACUUCAGCAGAGACUUUGGAUUUGGGAGUUCAUACACCUUUUUUAUCCCCAGCACACUGGUCUUUGGAGAGAGUUGCCAUCAAUCUAUUACUGCAGCAGAAGACAUCAAACCCAACUCGGUUCACAUGGCUCUCCAGAUCCCGCAGUACUUCUUCAUCACUGCUGGGGAAGUGAUGUUUUCUGUUACUGGUCUGGAGUUCUCUUACUCCCAGGCACCAAGUAACAUGAAGGCUGUGCUGCAAGCAGGCUGGUUGUUUACUGUUGCUAUUGGCAACUUCAUUGUUCUGAUUGUGGCUGAGCUUGCAAAGAUUCCCAAACAGUGGGCAGAGUACCUCCUCUUUGCCUGUCUCCUGCUGGCUGUGUGUGUCAUCUUCUCCUUCAUGGCGUACUUCUACACCUACAUCGACCCGAUGGAAAUUGAAGCCCAGUUCAAGAAAAAGGACGAUGAAGACGAAAAGGACUUAAAAAACAAAAAAGAGGAGUUGGAGUUUGAGAUGAACAAGAAAGACUGGACAAAAAGUCAAGACGGAGAUGAAAAAGAUGUACAGACAAGAAUAUAAACAGUCUAAAAAGCAGGUUAGAUAUCAAUAAUGCAAACAUGUCUGAUGUUUAACAUCGAAAUGAGGUAGUUUAUUUGUGUUUGUGUGGGGCUGGGCUUUUGGGGACACAAAGUAGAUACUUUUUGGGUCCGAUGUUUAUGAUGUGGUUUGUUUAAAGUAGGAGAUAGGUUAAGUCAAGUCGUAAGAUUUAUGAUCCAGGAAA